CCUUUCCACAAUUCCACCCUAUUUCCAACCUUCGAAACACAGAACGUACAAACAAAUUCGGUUGUUGGCUUGUUGCUCAUGACUGAGACAAGCACCGCCUGAAAGGUCGGAACCACCAAACAUCCAUUUUCAGGAAAGAAAGAAAAAGCGAGCACCUCGCUUCCCUUUCUUUCGCCCCCCCUCAACCACACCAAUGGCCGACGUCUCCAUUUCACUCCUUCAGCUCCUCAAUGACGAGAACGACGACUUCCGCCAAAACGACGACAUCGACUCUCUCCCUUACUGGUGUCACGAUUUCGACGAUACCUUCGACGCCUUCUCCUCUACAGAUCUCUCCAAUUUCCAUUCCUCCGACCUCCCCCAGAUCUCCACUUCAGUGAGGCGGCGUCAAACGGGGCAAUCGUUGGACGGAGACGCUUUCGAGGGAGAAUGCAUCGACUUCUUCGACCGCGAUAACCAGGUCAAUUUCGUCAUGGACCUCUUCCACCAACGCGUCGAACAAUCUCAGUCGCCUUUGCAGGUUAUAAUGGACCCUCAUCUGAUAAACGCCGAUCCAGCGGGAUUCGGGGUCAUCUAUGAGGACGAAGUAGGAACGGGCUCCGCCCAAUUAGAGGUGGAUCGAGGACGGGGAUUAGGUCUUCAAAGCGGAGACCUAACCACCAGAAAUUGUGAGAAUUCAACCUUAGAUUUGGAUAAUUGUGACGACGAGCUCCACUUUAUCAGUGGGCUGAGAGUUAUUGAUCUAGGCUCGGACUCUGAAUCCGAUGGAAAUCCAAUUUCAGGGCUGAAUUUCAACCCAGAGGACGUCGGCGAUGGUAUUGAUGGCCCAGUUAUGUACGAAAGUGAGAGUGAUGAUCCAAGCCUGCGCCUUUGCUGGGAAUCAUUUCAAUUGGAGGAUCGCAGGGAGGUAAAUCGGGAUUAUGAAUGGGAAGAAGUCGACGGCAGAGUGGACGAGAGGGAGAUUCUGAGCAUGUUCCUGGACGAGGAUGGAAUCUCAGUACCUGAUCAAGAGGAAAGAGAGGUUAUGGGAAAUCUGGAAUGGGAGGUUCUCCUGAAUGAUCAUGAUUUGGACCCAAACCCGGAAUCAAGAAUCGAGGGAUUCGAUCUGGGUGAACUUGAUCAAGAUCAGGACGAGUACAAUUACACCACAGAGUAUGAGAUGAUGUUUGCACAAUUUGCUGAUGUGGAGAAUGUGUCAAUAAGCAAGCCACCUGCCUCUAAAAGCGUUGUGAAGAACCUUCCGGAAGUGAUUUUGAGUAAAGAAGAUGAUCCGGAUAAGAACGACGCAACAAUAUGUGCUGUCUGUAAGGAUGAAAUGAGCAUUGGAGAAAUGGUGAGGGUUAUGCCUUGUGCCCAUAAAUAUCACCAAAACUGUAUUUUUCCAUGGCUCGGACUCAGGAAUACUUGUCCAGUCUGCAGAUAUGAAUUGCCCACUGAUGAUCCUGAAUAUGAAAGGAGGAGGAGGAGGACACAGAGUUGAUCAACUCCCACCCAUUGAAGAUGAGUUUGUUCAGGAGUGCAUUAUGCUCUUAGGUACCCAAAAAAAGAAAACCCAAUGCAAACAGCUAUUUUCUGUUUAUUGAUGAGUCUUUUGUUUGGGUAUUGAACUCCUAGUAUAUGCUGUAACAAUUCUUAUUGUGUUUGGUUGGUAAUCUAGUUUUUUUUUUAUUUGCUCUUUCUGGAGUAAUGCUAAUUGUUAAUUUUAUUAGUUUUUUGCUGGUUUUGUGUGUAGGCAUAUAUCUAAGAUUGGAUUAGAUUCGUUUUAGCUAGUGAGGCGGUGGUGAUCUUAGGGUUGCAUUGGAUUGAGAUUUCUUUAUAAGAGUCUCCGUGAGUUUAUUUAUAUAAAGCAGGAAUGCAGGGGUGUGUUUUGUUAAGAACUGAUACGACUCUUUUUGUGUGUGUAAAAAGUCUAGUCGGUGCAAGCGCUUUUGGCAUUUAAAAAGUUCAUAGAUGGAUGUAAAUCUAUUUCUUUUUUCUAGUGACAGAUAAAUCAUAAAUGUAUGACCCCGCCUGCUUAUCUUAUCUUCUACUGGUAUUUUGCAUUCUGAAAAACUAAGAAGAAUCUAA